AUGGUAGCUGAGUUGCAAGAUCAAGAGCCUACCAUGGUUUAUAAUGACAAGCUGGGCAACAGUUUGGGUAACGACGAGCCCAUUGACUACGAGGAGGAUGUAGGUCUGGAGGAUCAAGAGCAUGAUGAGGAGGAAAAACCCAAAAAGAGCGUCACAUUCAGCGGUGUUGACGACUUUGAGUCAGACGAGGAAAAACGCAAGCGCGAAUUCGAAGAAGGUGGGGGCCUACCGGAGCAGCCACUAAACCCAGAUUUCACAGCUCUAAAUCCUCUCUCGCCGGAGAUCAUCAACAGACAGGCAACUAUCAACAUCGGUACCAUUGGUCAUGUCGCUCACGGUAAAUCGACGGUGGUCAGAGCUAUUUCAGGUGUGCAGACUGUGCGUUUCAAGGAUGAACUGGAGCGUAACAUUACAAUUAAGUUAGGUUACGCCAAUGCCAAGAUUUACAAGUGUGAUGACUCAUCAUGUCCAGAGCCAGACUGUUACCGCUCAUUCAAAUCUGACAAAGAAAUCAGUCCAAAAUGUCAACGCCCCGGAUGUAGUGGACGUUACAAACUGGUACGCCACGUUUCUUUUGUGGACUGCCCAGGUCACGAUAUUCUGAUGAGUACCAUGUUGUCUGGUGCUGCCGUCAUGGACGCAGCUCUCCUGCUGAUUGCUGGUAAUGAAUCCUGUCCUCAACCUCAAACUUCUGAACAUUUGGCCGCCAUCGAAAUCAUGAAACUGAAGCACGUCAUCAUUCUCCAAAAUAAGGUAGAUUUGAUGCGGGAGGAAAGUGCCUUAGAACAUCAUAACUCGAUUCUCAAGUUUAUCAGAGGUACUAUCGCCGAUGGUGCCCCAGUGGUGCCUAUUUCAGCUCAACUGAAAUACAACAUUGAUGCUGUCAAUGAGUUUAUUGUUAAAUCCAUCCCUGUACCACCAAGAGAUUUCACAGCUUCUCCUCGUCUGAUCGUUAUCCGUUCUUUCGAUGUCAACAAGCCUGGUGCAGAGAUUGAGGAUCUAAAGGGUGGUGUAGCUGGUGGUUCGAUUUUGACGGGUGUUUUCAAGCUAGGUGACGAAAUCGAGAUUAGACCCGGUAUCGUUACUAAAGAUGAACAAGGCAAGAUUCAAUGCAAACCUAUUUUCUCCAACAUCGUUUCGCUAUUUGCCGAACAUAAUGACCUGAAGUUCGCCGUUCCUGGUGGUUUGAUUGGUGUUGGUACCAAGGUCGACCCAACGCUUUGUAGAGCUGACCGUCUUGUCGGUCAAGUGGUCGGUGCCAAAGGACAUUUGCCCAGCAUUUACACCGAUAUCGAGAUUAACUACUUCUUGCUACGUCGUCUAUUGGGUGUCAAGACUGAUAACCAAAAGCAAGCCAAGGUCAGAAACUUGGACGUUAAUGAGGUAUUAAUGGUCAACAUUGGUUCCACCGCCACAGGUGCCCGUGUUGUUGCUGUUAAAGCCGAUAUGGCUCGUCUACAGUUGACCUCUCCAGCGUGUACGGAAGUUAACGAAAAGAUCGCUUUGUCAAGACGUAUUGAAAAGCAUUGGCGUUUGAUCGGUUGGGCAACAAUCAAGAAGGGUACUACAUUGGAACCAAUUGCUUAG